UGGUGACGUAGGGACGUGCUUGGACUGAGUUACAGAAAAAAAAAGCAGAGCCGAGUCAAGAUGGCAGCUGGGGCAGAGCACGGGCUGAAGAGGAUAGUCUGGCAAAAAAUCAAGGAUACUAUCAUAGCAGACUGCAAAAAAUCAGAAGUAUGGAAGAUCAUGAUAUUGGACAGCUUCACUACGCGUCUCUUGUCAUCAUGUUGCAAAAUGUCAGACCUGAUGGCCGAAGGAAUCACAAUUGUGGAAGAUCUGUUCAAAAGCAGAGAGCCAGUCCUGGAGAUGAAGGCUGUCUAUUUCAUGUCCCCCACCACAAAGUGUGUCGAUGCAUUCAUCAAUGACUUCAAGCUCAAACCCAAGUACAAAGCAGCGUAUGUCUACUUUACUGACUAUUGUCCAGAUGACCUGUUUAACAAAAUGAAACUGUUCUGUGCAAAGCACAUCAAAGUGUGUAAAGAGAUCAACAUCUCAUUUCUCCCCCUGGAGUCUCAGGUCUUUACCUGUGAUAAUCCAGGAGCCUUCAAGAGCAUCUACAGUCCACAGAGUACAGAGCGAGGUCAAACCCUGGAGACGUUUGCUGAUCAGUUAGUCACUCUGUGUGCCACACUGGACGAGUACCCUGGAGUUAGAUACAAGAAAGAUUCACAACUUGAUUAUACCAAAGUACUGGCUGAGCUAGUGGAUAAUAAACUAGCACAGCACUAUGAGCUGGAUAACAGUGGCAAGAAAAAGGAAAAGACCCAGGCUCAACUGAUAAUAGUUGACCGUGGCUUUGACCCUGUAAGCCCCAUACUACACGAGCUGACCUACCAGGCCAUGGCUUACGAUCUCGUGCCCAUCAAGAAUGACAUAUACAAGUAUAAAGGAAAGGAUGGUUCAGAAAAAGAAGCCUUGCUGAAUGAAAGUGAUGAACUGUGGAUUAGACUUCGACAUCUACAUAUCGCUGAGGUCACUGAGCAAAUCCCUAAACUGGUGAAAGAGAUUUCUGCCAACAAGAAGCAGCCAGAGGGGAAGAUCUCAAUAGGAGGCUUAAAGCAGCUCAUGAAGCAGAUGCCAGCUUUCCGCAAACAAGUGUCUCAGAAAAGAAACCAUCUGACGCUAGCAGAAGACUGCAUGAACAAGUUUCAGAGCUCAGUGGAGAAGCUGUGCAAAGCAGAGCAGGACCUUGCUGUUGGCUCCGAUGUCGAGGGGCAGAAGGUGAAGGACCCCAUGAGGACGCUGCUUCCUGUCCUCUUGAACCCGCACUCCACCCACGAUAAAAUUCGAGCUGUUCUGCUUUAUAUUUUCAGCCUCAACGGCACAACAGAGGAGAACCUGACCAAAUUAAUCCAACAUGUAAAGAUUGAAGGGGAGAGUGAGUACAUUACAAACUGGAAUCUACUUGGGGUGCCAAUCAUUUCCUCACCUAGUCUUUUCUCAUCCCGAAAGCCCCCUCGGAGAGAUCGCUCUCAGGAAGAGACGUACAACCUCUCACGAUGGACACCCAUCAUCAAAGAUGUGAUGGAGGAUGUGGUGGAGAAUAAGCUCGACACAAAGGAUUUGCCGCAUCAGUCUGAGUGUCCCGCUGCGUGGAAUGGAUCACGAGCUGUGAGUGCUAGGCAGAAGCAUAAGCCUAGCGCUCAGGAAGCUGGCUCCCGUCUCAUUAUCUUUGUUCUGGGCGGAAUCAGCUACUCAGAGAUGCGCUGUGCUUACGAAGUCACACAAGCCACAAAGUCCUGUGAGGUCAUCAUUGGUUCUUCUCACAUCCUGACACCAACCAGCCUGCUUGAGGACAUUCGUGACCUCAGCAAAAAGCCCAUGGAGACGUUCACGAUGGUGGAGGAGACAUCCGGCUCGUGAAGCUGCUCUUGGCUCUUAAUCCAGAUCUUCGUUGUUCAUCUUGCAUUUUCUCUGCACUGCUUUCCUCCACAUCCCUUUCCAAAGCACACAGCACUAAACCUCUCUAACACAGGAUAGAAGGGAACUAGUUCAUGCUUAAUGUGGCACUUCACCAGGGCAGUCUCUCAGUCUGCUCAUGUUUCUGUGGCAGAUCAUUGCAUUUACAUUUGGCUCAGAUGUAUCGGCAAGAGCAUGAACUGGCUGGGCAGCCACCCAAUGGAGCUCUGCUUUAACACCUAACUCACACAAACACCAUUCCAACCUGUUUCUUUCUUUUUUUUUUUUGAAGAUAUUCUAUAGCUAUAAAAAUGCAGUUUGUGGAUUUCUUCUCUAAUAGUAGCCUUACGAAAUGUAUUGCUUGCUGUGACACCACAAUGUUCAUUUUUGAAUGGUAGCAUUUUAGGGUGAUUUUGUGGUGCUAUAUGAUCUAAGAUAUUGUCAGAAAUGCUGCUGGAGACGUUUUCAAAAGUAUCCCAGUAGGUGUGGACAGGCUUGAAUCCUCACACACAUACCUGUAAUUUUUGGUUAACUUGUAAGUAUUAUCCAAAAGACUUUUUGCCAUUUAGGUUGUAUGUGAUUAUAAUAGGGAUCCACAGUGCAAAAUGGUGGGAUAUUAGCUUCCAUCAUUUGUACUACAUUAGCCUUCCAGUACAAAAUUUAAAAAGCAAACAACUGUAUUUAAGGAUAAAAACUGGUCAGAUUAUUUCUAGACAAGUCACACCAGAUUAUAAGGAGCAUUAUAAGUCAGCAGGUCUCACUGCUGGGUGGUGGUGCGGGGUAGCUAACUAAGUUAAGUUAAGCUAAGCUAAUAACAAAUAACAAAACUAAUAAAAAAAAAAGACUUUCUUUUACAGUUAAACAAGCGCUGGAUGUUUAUCUACACAGAUCAGAUUAUUCUCUUAAAAACUGUUUAUUUGGGUGAGUAAAGCACUUCCAUUUAUUUGCAGUAAGCUUAGAUUCCCAAAUUUCUGCAGCACUAAGGCUGGAGCAUUAGCCUUCGCGGCUAACUUCUUUAGCAAUGCUGGCCAGGGUUAGUAGCAGGCUACAGGCCAAUAGUACUCAACUCUGAGCGUGUAAAUAGCGGUUAGCGGCUAAUUCUACUCCAGUCACGGUGUUGGAAAACUAAACUGAAACUCCUGCACUUUAGCAGAGUGGCUUUACUGCUCCUUACAACCUGACUGGUAAAAUUCAUACAUAAGGGGCACUGGAUUAAAAGGAGCACAGAUAAUUUUUUGGGGAAAAUUUAAGGAUUUUAAGUGCACCUUAUAGUGUGAAAAAUACAGUACAGUCUAUACCAGGGGACAGCAAACAAGGAGCCUAUUGAUAAAAUACAUAUUGAUUUUAUUCAGCACUAACUGACUGGGAUUGACCUAAUUGAUUAAUUAAGGGUAUUUUACAAAUCACUAGGCCUAAAAUCUGUUAAUAAAUACUCUUCAGCUCUCCACCAACAUGCCAGAUGUCAUGGGACUAGUAUCGUGUCUCUUGAAUUAGGCAUGCCCUACAGAAGAUAAGGAAUGCUGCACUAACCUGCAGGAUAUGCAUGUGGAGCCUUUUACAUUAAAUGUUUAUGCUUUUCUGUUCACAUGGACAAUUCUAGCCAGAUGCCGCUAAUCACAAUCAUUGCCUUCCAUGAUGUAUUCUUGAUACACAAAUUUGCAUUGAUAAACACUGUGGAUCAAGGAAUGUUAAAAAAAAAAAACUUUCAACUUUAAAAAUUGCCAGUAUUCAAAGAUUAAUUUCUUCUGUAAAUUUGCCUUUUUGAAGAUUCUACAUUUUUGUGACACAGGUGACCUACAGUAAGAUGAGAGAUUGUAUGGGUGAAGACACUGGCUGGUGCUAGCUAACUUAUUAGGCAUCUUCUAUAAAACAAGUGCUUUCUCACACUACUUGCCUUUAUAUAUUUAUAUCUGUUUGUCUGCUUGUCUUCUUCCUGAAAUGCAGUUUGAAACCCUUUUUCUGCUCAGUUGUGAGAUUGAAGGUUCUUCACUGAAAAUUUGCAUGUUUUGCAAAUGGUGUUCAAAUUUGCUACUAAUUUGGGACCAGUUUCCCCAAAAGCAUGUUUAGAGAUAGGGUCAUUUUAACUGCUAGAGAGUGUUAAUGUAAUGCUUGCUCUCUCUUAAUCAUCUAUGGUGCUUUUUGGAAAAACCGACGCUGCAAUUCUAAAGCCUUUAAACUUAGUAACAACUCAGCUGCUAAGGGGUUAUGUCUCUUAAAGGAACAGUGCAGCAUUUUCAGCCUAACCCCUACUAAUUUUGUAUACAGAAGAUUGGCCAGUUCUAAGGGGUUAUGUCUCUUAAAGGAACAGUGCAGCAUUUUCAGCCUAACCCCUACUAAUUUUGUAUACAGAAGAUUUGCCAGUUCUAAAUCAAAAAUACUAGUGAUAACGUUAAUUUAACACAAAAUGUGUUGCUUUAACACUGGCAAACUAACUGUGUAGUUAUGAUUCAUCACCACAGAAAUGAAAGAAAUUUGACACAUUGACUGCAAAUUAAAUAGAGAAGAAAAGCUCUUUACUUACAAAACACUUAUACUGAAAGCCAGUGGGCAGUUGCUCUAGCGUGGUUUACUUUUUAAAUCUACAUCUACAAAAAUGUGUUUUGCUGGAAACAUUUACUAAUGGAAUUCAGCAGAUCAUCGUUAGCCUCUGCUAUACAUGUUUUUGAAAAACGAGUCUUGGAAAAUCCUGGAAAAAAGAAAAAGUUGGGAUUACCCCGGCACAAGAGUUGUUGUGUGUUUUUUAAUAUGUAAUGUCAUAUUUUUCUGUCAUACUUUUUCUAUAAUGCAGAUGCAGCAAAUUGUUAGGCUUCAGCUGAUUUCAGCACUUUGCAACAUUGGAACAUUUAUUUGAACUGUCUGCUUUUUUGUUGUUGAGAAAGGCUUAAAGAAGUCACAUGACCAUCCACUUCUGAUUCAAUCUGGAUAUUCACCCGUGUGCCUUUGUUUGAAUGAAGUGCUGAGCAAAUGUACAUAUGCAUUAACUGCCUGCUUAAACUUGCGUUUAGUUUUUGUCUUGUUUGAAGUUACAGUAAAAUAAUAUGCAAUAAUAUAGUUAUUUUUUAAUCAGAUUAAACUACUCGUGUAUUUUUUAUUGAACAACUGACUAAUAAAUGAAUGACGUGGUUCAAAUAA